AUGAUUUGGCAGACAGUCUCUCUACUCUUCUUCUUCAUCAUUGUUGCUCAUACGACAAUCGAUGCUAGAGCAAUUCAAGAGGAUACUGUUGAUCAACUAGUGAACGGCCCAGCAAAUGAGAAUGAAGAAUUGUUUGCUACUCUCGCCAACUAUCGAUAUCGUUUCGAACAUUCCAACAAUAUCAAGGCACUUAGAUGGAUGUUUCAGCAACAUAAUAAUGAAGAAGACCUAUAUUGUAAAAUAUGUCACAUUCUUCUACCUGUUAUUCGAAUACUCAUCGAUGUCAAUCAAACGGAGCGUCUUGAAAAUGUGACUCUUGAAAUUUGUAAUGAAUUCGGCUUGGUUCUCGAUGUUUGUAGCGGAGCUGUGUACGAAUACAAAGAUGCCGUUAUUCAAGUCAUUGCUCUGACGCAUUUCAGUAAUAAAGCACUAUGUUCACUAGCUCUAAACUGCGAUAGACAAACUGAUUAUCCUGUAUUGAAUUGGAGUGUUGCGAUUCCUGACCGAAAACCAUCUCCGCAACCACCAAAACCGCCUUCACCUGACUCACCAAAACUGAAAGUGCUUCAACUAGCCGAUAUUCACGUGGAUUUUGAGUACAAGCCAGGAUCUGAAGCAGACUGCCUUGAACCAUUGUGCUGUCGAAAAGGCCCACCUCUUCCUGGACAUCCCAGUGCUGGCUUCUGGGGAACCAGUCUUCACUGUGACAUACCAUAUUGGACGGCUCAAGCCAUACUUGAAUAUGCCGCAACAACAGAAGAGGUCAUUGACAAAAUUCGAUUUAUUAUCCUUAUUCUUUUUUCUAUUCCAUCAGAUUGA